AUGGCUAAUUCUGCUAUUUUCAAUGAGAUUUUCUAUUAUAAACUAUGUUUUCAACACAUCAUAAGAUCAAGUACGACAAAUCUUUUAUCCCCAGCAGCUGCCGUACCAAAUUAUCAGGUACCACGCAGAAACUAUGCAGCUGCUAAGAAGUCAGUGGGACCCCGAAGAGUAUUCAAAAUUUAUCGCUAUGGAGGAAUACAAACUAAGGAGGUACCGAAGAUGCAGAGUUUCGAGCUGGACGUAACUAAGUGCGGUCCGAUGGUUCUUGACGCCUUGAUAAAGAUAAAGGACAUGGACCCAACGCUCUCGUUCAGACGAUCCUGCCGGGAAGGUAUCUGCGGGUCCUGCGCGAUCUGCCUGCAAGGCCACAACUGCCUGGCAUGCAUCACCGCCAUCCCGCAAGCUAAGACCGUCACCGUGCAUCCGUUGCCACACAUGUACGUGCUCAGGGAUCUCGUCGUAGAUAUGACUCACUUCCUCGCGCAAUACAACUCCAUCAGACCGUACCUCAUCAGGAAGACUGGGCCGAAAGCACUAGGGUCUAUUCAGUUUGCUCAGAGCGAGAACGACUGGAACAAAUUCGUCGGGCUGUACGAGUGUGUGCUGUGCGCCUGUUGUGCUACAUCGUGUCCUAGCUACUGGUGGAACGGGAGGCGGUUCCUGGGCCCGGCAUCGUUGCUGCACGCGUAUAGAUGGGUGAUAGACUCAAGAGACGAGGACUCAGCGCAAAGACUAUUCGAUCUGCGCGACGACUUUAAAGCUUUCCGCUGUCAUACCAUCUUGAACUGUGCACUUGCAUGUCCCAAGGGCCUGAACCCAGGACUGGCCAUAGCGAGGCUGAAGAGACUCAUAAGUGGCCUGGACAAGAAGCCACCGCCAGAAAUGGACCCACUGAAGUUAAGCAGCGGCGGCGGCGGUGGGGGAUUGGAGGCUUGUCUCAGAUCGAGAGGCAAAGCAUAG